UGCACUGCAUUGUGCUUGCUGUUUGUGCUUACACUAGGCGCUAUAAAUUUCUAUAGUGAUAAGAAAACUGCUGUUUGGGGUGUAAAAUGUUUUUUUUUGAAAAGCAUCAAUGAAACGGAAGAAUUUUAAGAAUGUUAUAUGUGUACGUUUAAAUAAAUCGGUAAUGAUCUUACUGCGUUAUGUUUUUAUAAAGAUCAUUUUUAGAGAUAUAGAUAUGAAUACAACAUUAAGUUCAGUCGAAAGUGGCGGUGAUAAACAUCUACCAGAGACAACUGUACAAAGCAUAGCGCAGAAUUUAACUACUAUGCAAAGUAUACAAAAUGUGCAAAGUGUUGUUCAAAGUAACAUACAAAAUAUUCAGUCAACACAGACUAUAGUGGGAUCAGUUGGUGGUACAUCUACUAGUCUUACAGGAAAAUCAAUGUCAAUGGAUACAAACUCAAAAUUACCUGUAAUGAAACCUGUAGUUCCCUGCGGUACCACUUCAACUUCAGAAACAAACAAGAUAACAACGACGAUCUGCUCAGUGGGCUCCACGGUAAGGAUAAUUUCUCCAGGUAUGUUAAGUACAGUGGAACGUCAAAAUCAACCACAGGCUCAACAACUAUUACAACAGACACAACAGGUUACAAAUAUGCCAGCAACUUAUCAUGUACCACGAGGGCCAGCUGCAGUUGCCAAUAUUUCUGCCCCAAGAUCGACAGUGGCUACCCCGAUUGUUAGAGCAAAUACAGGACAAGCUAUACCUACCACAAGAUCAGGAAUAAAUACAGCUAUUUCAAGUUCUCAGUGGCAACCUAAAACAACAUCAGUGGUAUAUGCUCAACCACAAAGGCAUCCCAUACCUCCAGUUAGCCGAAUUUCAAGACCACCAUCAACAGUGUAUGCCAGUCAACAGCCUCGUUUAAUUACACCUUCAGGCCAAGGAAGAUCUGUACAAGCUACAAUGGUCACUGGAGUUUCUGGUACUCCGUCCAGAUUAAUAGCACCAGUUCUUCAAGCGAACAAUAGUAUUACAAGAUUGCCGGUUACGCAAAGCAGACCAGCUGCUCCUCAAAUAUCAAAUAUAUCACAAACUACACAACCUAGCAGACCUUCGACUCAAACUAUUCAACCUAAUCAGUCAAAUAGACCUCUAAGUACCACAGGUAUUGUAAAUCGUAUAGCUGUAUCAGCACCUGUAGUUGGAGCUACAAAUAGAGUAACUGCUUCAGCUUCAGUGCCUGUUCAGCCCACAGUUGGAAGGCAAUUAUCAAUUAAUACUGUUGCUACUCCAUCAACUGGAACUGUUAGUAGGAUUGUAAUUCCUUCUCAACAAGUAAGUGCAAAGGUGCAACAACAGCAGCAGCAACAGCAACAGCAGCCACAAUCACAGUCACAAACAAUACCACGUGUUGUUCAAACAGUAACCUCUUUGUCAAGCCUUAACACAGUAUCACGUGUAAUUGCUACAACAGCAAGUACAUCAAAUACAACAAGAAUAUCACAGCCUACAUCGACUACUGUUGCUAGAAUUACUGGAAUGUCUUUGCAUCCUUUACCUUUAGCAUCAGCAAGAGUUACAUCAGCACCUGCUAAAACAGUACAGGCACAAAGCAUUGGACAAACUGUGCAAAUCAAACCCAAUCAAUCUGGAUUUCGGGUUUCUUCCGCUAGUAAUGCAAAUAAUAACUCAAAUUCAGCGCCUUCUCAAUCGGCUCAAGGGCAAUAUUUGCAUCCGCCACAUACUGCAACCUACUAUUCUUUUGAACCCGCAGGAACAUAUACCCAAUACCGCCAAACUCCAGUAAGAUUACUCGUCGAACCUGGAUACGAUGAACCUCACACUAAAACAAAUGCAUCUCCAAGACCAAGUAUACUUCGAAAGAGAGAUCAUGACAAUUCACCUAUCAAAGGUGCAGCUAAGAAUUUAGUUCCUGUACUGACAUCUUUACCUGCUGUUACAACAUCCAGCCCACCGUGUUCGCCGAGAGGAGAUCAAGAUGGUGGAGGUUGUCAAAGUUCAGGAUCUACUACAGUUUCAGCAACUUCAUCACCUGGACAUGAUGAUGAACCUGAACAAUCCAGGAUUACCAUAAAUCCAACAGUAGAAAUGUCUCCCAGAAAAAAGCCUCGAAAACAACAACUUACCGGAGUAGAAUUAACGGAAUCAAGGUGUACUGAAGAAGAAAUGCAAUUUAUUACAGAAGAAAGGAUGAAAAAAGAGUUUAAAGAAGAAUCGAAAGAAAAAUUAUCAGAUAAGAGACAAACUUCAAACGCGCAAUGUGAUGUUAUCAAAUCUCCUACACAACAACCAACAGUUGCAAUACGAACACGGCCUACACCUAGUUUAUUAGGGCCUUCAUGGAAAAAUAGAUGCGGCAGUAGAUUUCAUCAUUAUAGAAGACCAAGCGAGGUUAGACCUCGUGAAGAAAGACGACCUACUGUUGCAGAAAUAGCCCAACAGAAACAUGUAUUACAGAAAUUAAAUGGUUGGAAAGUAUAUCAUCUUACAGCACAAAUGGAAGAUAUUGCUGAUCUUGAGAAACAAGUACAUGAAAAGCUGAAAACAACAUUAACCAUGCUUGAAUCACAACAAAAUGUCAGGAAUAGACAAGAUGAUGGUCUUGAACGUGUAAAUGAAUUAAUUAAAGGAAAUAUGCAACGUAGUAGCUUAAUUAGCGAAGGAAUGACCGAAGCACGCACGCAGCUUAUUGCUAUAUUUCAACAUAAAGGACCUAUUACAGAUAUCUUACAACGGUGUGGCAAUAAACGGGCUCAAAAAAAACGAGAUAAAUGAGUUACUGUCCAAAUCGAGUUAACGUAAAUAUGUUCAUAAGAAAUUCUUGCAUGAGCAAGAUUUAAGAGGACGUUAUUUUUAUCUGUGUCACAGAAUCUAUAUAUUAUAGGAACAAAAUAAAUGGUUUUAUAAGUCUA